GCUGGCCGGUCCCUCGCUUGGUCCGAGCGCUGUUGUGCACGUGAGGUCCCCGUGACCCCGCGGUCCUCCUUGAGCUGCUACGAUGAGAUACGCGCCUGAGUUCAAGAAGUCCCCCUCGCACCUCCUGAAGAAGUUUGCAGUGUGCGACAUCCCGCUGUAUGACAUAUGCGACUACAACGUCAGCCGGGAUCGCUGCAAGGAGCUCGGCUGCUGCUUCUAUAAAGGCGUCUGCUACGAGAAGGCCGUGCCCACUUACGUGCAGGUAUUCUCUGCUCUGAUCGUGAUCAUCGCCGGAGCCUUUGUCAUCACCAUCAUUUACAGAGUCGUCCAGGAGAGCAGGAAAGGAAAGAAACGCCCCACGGAGGCGCCUCCGUCAGCCAAGUCCAGCGUCCGGGUGGAGACGCAGCUGCCCAGCAGCGUGGGGGCGGGCUCGCAGGCCCCGAGCGUGGAGGCCCCGCAGCCCCAGGAGAGCGGCGGGGAGGAGGCGAGUCUGUUAGUGACAGAGGAGGAGGAAACAGACGACUGAGGCGCGAGGCAGAGGCUGGGUGACGAUGGGAGGAAAAGUCUGACCGCGGUGGGGCGGCCGGGGAGCGGCCGUCAAAGUAUUUUGUGGAGUGACCACCCGGUGAGAGGAAAUAAAGGUAUUUUGAAAUGCUUGUG